CCAGCGAGAUGUCAUUUCCGCGAUUGAACUCGACCGGCAGCGAUGCUCCAUCGGUCGAGCAAGACGCUGCAGGACAAUGGCGUCAUCCUCGAGGACGACGCCGAGAAUGAGAAGGCGCCGGACGAGGCGCCCAAGCCCGUCGCCAAGCAGGCCUCGGACCACUCGCUCUUGACGCGCGAGGAGCUGGAAGCACUUGAGCCGCCGCCGGGCCCUCGAACCACAUCGUUUGCCGAGCCGCCGCCGAGCCCUGGUGGUCGCGCACGGUCACGUAGUACGAACGACAUACAAACAACGAUCCCGCGGCCGCCUGCGCGCAGCAACAGCCACACGCUCGAAACCUCGAGCGCGGUCGAGGAAGCGCCGUUCCUGGGCCUCCCACCUUCGUCCGACAAGCGCGCCGAGGUCAAGGCGCGCAAGCCGUUGCUCAUGAAGAGUCGAUCGAGCGGGCAAUGGCUCGCGGCCGCGGCCAAGCUCAAGAAGAAGCGUACUUCGGGUAUUGCCGAAAAGGCCAAGGACGACAAUGCCGCAAGCGCGACGCCGACGUCCAAGUCGCUGGCCGACGUCGCCAAGAAGGUUGUCGCAUCCCGUCGCGCGGCCAACUCGUUCAAGUCCAUGUGGCCCAAGGACCACCCGAGCAGCGGCAGCUUUACAACGAUCCACGGCCUCCAUCUCGAAAAAAAGAAGCUCGACUUGCGCAUUCUCAACGCGCAGUACAAGGAGGUCAAGCGCUCAGAGUUUUACGAAGAGCUCGUCGUCUACUGCGUCUUCCUCCUCCUCUUUUUCCAGCUGCUCAGCGGCCUCCCGUUCCACGGCUCGUUCCAGCAGAGCGACGUGACGGUCGACUUGACGUGCAGUGUGCCCGAGGUCUGCUCGGUCUCGUCGCCCGAUGGCAUCUACAGCUUUGCCAAGCAUUUGCAGUCGCGCAUCUGCCACGCGCCGGCCGCUGCGUCACCCACGACCUUCCAGACCUGGACGCGCGUCGGCGGCGUCCGCUUUCGCCAGAUCCGCGUCAAGCCAGAGAAGUGCGCGCUGAGCUUUCUUCACGACGACAAGCAGACGUGCUACCCCGAGUUUGACGACGCGCUCGAGGAGAAGGCGGCGCUGUUCGGCGCAAACCGCACGUAUGUGUGGCACAAUGACUUUGAGCCGCUCAUUCCGGGGCAAAACUCGCGCUUUACUACGACGUCGUACGGCACGGGCGGGUACGCGGUCGACCUCUGCGAGAUUGGUGAUGUGGACGAGCUCGAAGCCGACAGCUACCUCGACAUGGCGACCCGCGCCGUCUCGCUCGAGUUUGUGGUCGUGAACCCGUCGACGCAUGUAUUUACGAUCGCGUCGCACGAGUUUGUGAUUCGCCCGUCGGGCCACCUCGAACAGUACUCGCAAAGUGCGAGCAUCCGCGUGCUCGGCCUCGAUGCCUCGCCGUCGUCGCUCUCGUCCUGGCUGUGGUGGUGCGACGCGCAGUACCUUCUCUUGCUCGCGGUCGUCGGCUUUGUGGGUACGUACCUACGCGGCGAGAUUUCCGAGAUUGUCAAGAUGGGCAUCACCUCGUACUUGACGCUCGACGGCUGGAACCUCUUUGAGAUGGCGCACUUGCUCGCGGUCAUUUGCACCGUCUUGCACAUUUUCGUGUACUUUGGCCAGUGCCGCGCCACGAUCCGAGCGGUCCACGGCGUCGACGACAAUGACGGCGACGUGCUCGAGGUGCACACGCACAUGCUCAUGCUGCUCGACACGUUUCUCUCGCUGAGCGACUAUGCAGCGCUCUCGUCGGCGUUUUCGCUUUUGAAAGUGUUCAAGUUUUUGCGUAUGAACUCGACGUUGAACUUGCUCUGGCAAGUGCUGGGCAUGGCGCUCCGCGACCUCAUGGGGUACCUCGUCAUCUUCCAGCUCAUCUUCCUCUCGUACUCGACGAUGGGCUCGUAUGCAUUUGGCUUUGACCUCGAGGAAUUCUCGACCAUCUCCAAGAGCUAUGGCACGUGCUUUCACAUGCUGGCCGGCGACUUCCCGUACGACCGCCUCCAGCAGGCCAACCCGCGCUUGGCGCCCUUCUUCUUUGUGACGUUUGUCGUGCUCGUGCUGCAAAUCAUGGUCAACAUGUUUGUGGCCAUCCUCUCCGAGUACUAUGACAACGCCAAGGGCGUCGGGUCGGACGAAGACGACGUCGAGUACGAUAUCAUUACGCGCGCCAAGGAGUUUAUGAGCUCGUGCUCGCCGUCGGUCGAGCUCCGGAACCGCGAAAGCAUCGUGCUCCGGCCCAACCAAACCGUUCGGCUCAUCUCGACCAACCUCGUCGAUAAGGAGCUCACGCGCCAGCGCGCAAAGAAGCUCUUCCGCGGCGCGGUCUGGCGCGUCGUGGCGCUUCUCCGGUUUGGCGUCAAGUUUGACACGCGGCUCGACUUUGACCGGUCCAAGGCGCCGACUGCGUCGCACGACCCGAACCGCAUGACGUACAUUCCGCUCUCGGAGAACUUCGACCACGCGACCAUCAAGAUGCUUUUGCCCAAGGGCAUUACGAUCCGGUUCACGGGCGACUCGAUCCUUGGUCAAGAUUUGCUCUUGCGCGUCGUCGACCACAACAGCUUGUCGGUCUCGUGCGUGGUCCUCAGUCACGACGAUGACGACGACGACGUCAUGGAGCUUGCGGGCGGCGAGACGCUCCGGCUUCCGAUGCGGCUCUUUGGCAUUCAUGUGCUGCGCAUUCUACUGAGCGAGCUCCGAGCCGCGAUCCUGCGCGCGACCAAGUGGUGGGAUCCGUACGAGGCGCACUUGGUCGACGACUACCACUUGUACCAGCUCCUCAAGGACGAGCGCGAGCGGGGCAAGACGACAUUGCGGUUUGACGAGCUCUCGCGCCUCUUGGACUUGUACCUCCGCAAGGAGAAGCGCAAUGGCGAGAUCGACCAAGCGCACGUCAAGCGGGAGACGGCGCUCGUCAUGUACCGGUUCCGCAAUUCGCUGAUCGAUAUGCCGUCGCGCGAGAAGGAAGGCCACGAGUACAUUCCCAACCCGAUCGACACGAGCAUGGUCGAGCUCGGUCCCAACUUGCUCGCGCUCGGCGAAGCCAUGGCCGAGAACGUCCACGACAUCUGGGCGAUCGAGCGCAUCGAGCAGGGCUGGAGCUGGGGUCCGCGCCGCGACGAUACGCUCAAGACGCACCCGAACUUGAUCCCGUACGCGGAAAUGUCGGAAGCCGAGCAGAGCUACGACGUGCGCACGUCGAUGGAGACGAUCAAGACGAUCAUUGCGAUGAAGUACACGAUCGUACGCGCGCUCAAGUGGGCGAGAAGCCUCAUGCACUCGUCGAGCAACGUCUCGAGCUCGUCGAGUGGCGACAAGGGCAUCCCGCUCGCGUCGUCGCCAAAAGCCAGCACGCUCGUCAAGUCUUUUUCGCUGCGGGACGUGUCGCAUACGAUCAAGUAUGGCAGCGACGGCCAGGUGUACACGCCGCGACCGGUCGACACGUCGCAGGUGGUCUUUCCGCAGGGCCUCAAGCGGCUCAUGGACUUGCUUGCGGAGAACGCGCACGAAGUGUGGUCCAAAGGCCGCAUGGACGACGGCUGGACGUACGGCCAAGCGCGCAACGAUAAGCUCAAGAAGCACGUGUGUCUCGUGCCGUACGUGUUUCUCACGGACGCAGAGAAGGACUACGACAUCAAGACGGCCGAGGCGACGCUCAAGAUGCUCUACGCCCUCGGGUACCACAUUGUCGACUCGAACGGCGUCGCGCUCUCGUAGGAUAGCAGUAUACUAGGUGUAGGAGUUCGCAAUGGUAUCGAUAGAAUCUGGAUUGCCCAUGGGGCAUCCGACGAAAUACAAGUCUCUUUAUUCUUGAC